ACUGACGUAGGUUAUUUGCCAUUGAGCAUGUAAUUAAAUGUAAAUAUUUAAUUCACUUGUGUAAUUUUUGUAGUACUUAUUUGGUUUCCUGUGAAAUUGUGCAAACGUAAUUGAUUUAGAACUACUAAGAGACCGUGUAAGAAUUUUUAGAAAAUAAUGGCUGAGCGUUUAGAUAUUGUUAUUUUUGGAGCAACUGGCUUCACUGGUAAACGUUGCAUACCAGAAAUCGUGAAGUUUUCGAAAGUUAAUGGGCGAACACUGACAUGGGGUAUUGCUGGAAGGUCAGAACAAAAGCUCAAAGAUGUGUUAGAGGAAAUGGAGAAGGUCAUUGCUAAAGAUCUUAAAUCAAUCCCUGUUAUUGUUGCGGAUAUAAAAGAUGAAGAAUCCUUAAAGCAAAUGACAGCAAAAGCAAAAGUUAUUUUAAACUGUUGUGGCCCAUAUCGGUUCUUUGGUGAACCUGUUAUUAAAGCUUGUGUUGAAACUGGAACUCAUCAAUUGGAUGUUACUGGAGAAUCUCAGUAUAUGGAUCAGAUACAGUUAAAAUAUGGAGAUGCUUGCAAAGAGAAGGGAAUAUACAUUGUAAGUGCUUGUGGAUUCGAUAGCAUUCCAGCUGAUCUUGGAGUAAUAUUUUUAGAAAAUAAAUUUGAAGGGACUUUAAAUUCAGUUGAAUCUUACUUGGAAGCAUACGAAGAAGGGGAGUCAACUCCUGGUCCUGCAAUUAAUUAUGGUACAUGGGAAACUCUGGUGCAUGGAAUAGCCAACUCAGGCGAAUUGAAGGAGCUUCGACAGAAAUUGUAUCCACAAAAAUUACCCACAUUUACACCAAAGCUUAAAUUUAGAGGAUAUGUUCAUAAAUGUGAAACAACUGGUAAAUGGGCAUUACCUUUCCUUGGUUCAGACCGUUCCGUGAUAACCAAAACUCAAAGAUUUUUGUAUGAGCAUGAUAGGAAGAGGCCAAUUCAAAUACAGACCUACUUUACUGUGGAUUCUUUAUUUCGGGUGUUUGUGCUUGCUAUAGUUGCAGGUAUCAUUGCAGUUUUAACAAAGUUUCAGUUUGGAAGGAAUCUUUUGUUACGGUAUCCUGGAUUUUUUACUUUUGGAUUUUUUGAAUACCAAAGGGGCCCUUCUGAAGAAAAACAGAAGAAAACUAAAUUUGCGAUAACUUUCUGCGGCAAUGGCUGGACAGAGAAAUUGACGGAGCCCGAAGACAAUUAUAAACAACCACCAAAUAAGAUGGCUGUCGCACGUGUUUCAGGCACUGACCCAGCUUAUGGAAUUACUUGCACCGCUUUGGUGUUAUCCGGAAUCAUAAUCCUCACUGAAACUGAUAAACUCCCUGACAGAGGAGGUGUUUUCACUCCUGGAGCUGCGUUUGCCAAAACUUCAUUGAUCGAGAAAUUAGAGAAAGAUGGCUUAAAAUUUGAAAUAAUUGCCAUGACUGAAGCUAGGGAGUCCUAAUAAAUUUGUUUCAAAUCAUUUAACUUUAUAAUCACCCCCAGAUUUUAUUACUGUUUUCUAAAUGUUUCAGAGUAAUCGUUGCUUUUAAUUUUUGAUUGCAUUUUUUCUUACCUUAUUAUCUACUAUACUGAUUUAUAUAUGUAUUUCCAAUUUGAAUUUUUGUUAAUUACCUUUGGCGCUAUAUUGAAGUUUUGUUCAUUAACGUUCAGUUGUUAUACCACCAUAUUGGCUUAAUUUUUAUUUGUGCAUUUGCAAAAAUGUUGAUCACAAUUUCUUUAACAGAAAAAGUGAGUCUUGAGGUAGUUGCCAAUGACGUGUAACAUCUGAUUUCGGUAACGAGAAAAAUUAAUUUGUUAAAAUUUUAUGUGCCAAUUUUAAAAGGAUUGAUUUACACGACAUGAAAGAAAUUUUAGUUUACAAACGGUUGAUAGCUAUACCUUCUUUAUUUUUUCUCUUUUCCUCACUAUCCCAUCAAUUUAAUUUGAAUAGUGCGCUUCUCCCUUUCUACUUCCGGUUACACGUUUCCGUUGCAUUGACGAAAUUACUUCCAUAUUCUUAGAAAUGCAAACACCGAGUUUUAAGAUGUUACAUAUCAAAAAAAGUAAAAUAUUCAUAUUUU